GGGAGCUGAACACACACACUCUCUCUCCUCUCUCUCUCUCUCUCUCUGGGGUUUGAUCUCAAGGUCAGACGGGCUGUUUUUUGGGGGUGUGCGGUGGGAGGGGAGGAGGGAGAUCAGGUGAAGUUUCCUCUCCUCGCUUCUCUCGAUCCGAAUCAUGGAAGAUUUAUCAGGCUCCGAGACGUCUCUAAGCAGCAAGAAGAAAUCCAGACCGGGCUCGUUGCGGAGGGCGUUCAGUUGGCUGAGGUUGUCAGGACGCAAGAAAAGGAAAACGUUGAGCGAGGGGGACAAGCCGGCAGCCAAACCACCACCGGACCCUCGCGCGCACACAGCUGGUUCCAAGUUGGAGGACGAGGCAAAAUGGUCUGUGCACUACAGGGCAUCGCAGUAUCAACACCAACAGGAGAACAUCUUCCUCCCGACCACCCGCCCCCAGCACAUAGAGGAGCUACACAAAGAGGCUGAGCUUGGGCUCAAAUCCCUACAGGAGCAAGCGAAAUUGGAUGGUUAUUCAGAGCUGCACUUGGGCAAUGGCAGAGAUUCAACAGGCAACUGCAGUCAACAUUCGCAAGAUGACGAGGGGUCAGGUCCUCCCGUGGACGGGGAUGAAGUCUGGGCCAAGACCAGGUCACUGCCACCGCCAACUCCUGAUGAAGCGCGGAGGAACCAGCUGUGUGCGCGACCAACAGCAGCACCUACGGGCACCACCUUCAAACCUCAAGUGUCCUCCAGGGGAUCAGUGUCACACACAGGUUCAAAGCUGAAAGAGAAGAGAAUCAGGAGAACCACAAUCAUGGGACUUCCACAGCACGUCCAAAAGGAAUUGGGGCUGGGCCUGGGCAGGUCUCCUUCGCUGUUGGACACCAACAAAGAUGUUAACGACAGUGCUGGCACUGUCUGCGCUGGCAGGACAGGUGGCGAGGGCGGCUCCGGUAAGCCUGCGCUGCCCGGACAGGGGACCUCGUUGCGUUCUGUGGAUUCCGUCGGCACAAAGUCUAACUGCACUUUAACAGGAAGCGACCGGCAACACUGGGGAAUCAUCGAUUUCUCCAACAGACCAAAGUCGUUAGCUAUUCCCCGAGGCUCCAUACCUAACGAGCUGCUGCAGAGCCCAGUCAUGUGCAUGUCCCCCCAGGCCACCUACAUGUCUAAGAUCAUUCCCAACGCCAUCCUGCCGGCCGCGGUGGACGUGGUUAUGAUCCACGCCAGCCACAGUUCCCUCCGCACCCUGAGUCGCACGAGCCUCCUGUUCCCGGCCUCCCCCGCCUGCGCCCGCUCGCUGCACAAUUACGGGGUCGGGGAUUACGCCUCCAGCGACACCUGGAGCCACUCCGAGUCCUCGGAAACCAUCGUGUCCGACAGCUCCACCAUCUCGUCCCGCGGCAGCCGAACAGAUUCGCAGAGCCGUGCGGCGGGCGUCACUGGGAGAUCGGAAGCCGAGCUCGACAUUCCCAGCUCCGUGCGCAACCCCCAGCCCCGCACAUCAGCGGCUCCCCCAUCCCUGAGCGACGACACCAGGCCCGAGAUGAACGGCCAUGCUGAGCGACUGGCCGGGACCGCCACAGGGAGCACGGGUGGCCAGGCCGACGGGUCGGAUACCCAGAGUGUGACCAGCGAACGGUCAGUCACCAGGAAUUUGUCGGUCAAGAAAAUGAAGAGGCCCCCGGCCCCCCCCAAACGAGGGAAUUCCGCGCAGCCGGCUGAGCCGCAGCAACAGGAGCUGGGCUUGGAGCCGGGGCGGCCCGCACCCCCCGCGGUGGCCCCCAGAAGGAAAGACCCCUGCAACCGCAGCAUGUCAGGCGAGGACGAGGUCUUUUCGCCGACGCUCAGUGAAACCGUCGGGUGCCGAUUGGAGCGUUCCCCCGACUCCCCCGCUUUCCGAGGCUCUGCCAGCCCCCCAGCUCAGGGCGCAGGGGGUUCCAGAGAGGUGGCAAGGGAGGGGAGCGGCCAGAAUAAUCAUCGUGGUUCUCCAUCGAACCCCACCUCGCCGGACAGGUUUGAGAGGACCAUGUCCCCCUCCAGCGGCUACUCCAGUCAGAGCGGGACCCCCACCCUAACCAGAGAACUCGUCACGUAUUCUUCCUCCCCUGGGGGGCAGCGAAGGUCCAAACCGAAGACCCCCGCGAGGUCCUCCUCGCUCUAUUCCCCUGAAAUGUCCAAUUCCUCGUCUUUGACGUCGCUGUCGUCCACCGUAUCGGAGUGCAUUCAGCCUGACCUGGUGGAUCCUCUUACUAUCCCCCCGCCCCCCUCCGCACCCGCUCCAGCGCCCCCUCCCAUCAAGAUGUCAAAGUUUCUGAUGGCUGAACUGUUUCCUCAGCAGCCCAUCAUCCCUCCCCCUCCACAGGGGCCGGCACCUCCCCCACCUGCAGCCCGGGGGCGGGUCAUUCCACGGGCUUCUGCCCCCAUGGGCAUCACGGCCCCCCUGGUCACUGCUCCUCUGGUCAACACUGCACCUGUUGCGCCCGGGGUCACAGUUGCCUCUAUUGCUCCUGUCGCCCCAGUGGUCACUACUGUUUCUGUCGCCCCAGUGGUCACUACUGUUCCUGUCGCCCCAGUGGUCACUUCUGUUCCUGUCGCCCCAGUGGUCACUUCUGUUCCUGUCGCCCCAGUGGUCACUUCUGUUCCUGUCGCCCCAGUGGUCACUACUGUUCCUGUCGCCCCAGUGGUCACUACUGUUCCUGUUGCCCCAGUGGUCACCUCCCCUGUUGCCCCAGUGGUCACCUCCCCUGUUGCCCCAGUGGUCACCUCCCCUGUUGCCCCAGUGGUCACCUCCCCUGUUGCCCCAGUGGUCACCUCCCCUGUUGCCCCAGUGGUCACCUCCCCUGUUGCCCCAGUGGUCACCUCCCCUGUUGCCCCAGUGGUCACUGUUAUUCCUGUGGCCACAUCUGCUCCUCCCAAACCAGUACAGCAGGAACCAUCAUCACCACAAGUGAAGAGAUCUUCUCCUCCACCCUCACCCCCUCCAUCCCACCACCCACCACCGCCGGUCAAGAAGACGCCAGUAAAUGGGGUAAAGUCUUCCUCGUCUUCAAAUCAUCUGCAGCCCGUAAAGCCAGAGAAGUCUACAGUAGACUGGCCAGCACCUCCCCCUCCAAUGUCUCCAAUGGUUUUGUCACCAUCACCGGGAGCAUCCAGCUUGCCUGCGGCUGUGGCGGUGAGUUCAGGAAAGACCGGUGCUCAGGUGGAAGAUACAGACUUUCUGUUCCCACCUCCUCCACCCCCAGUAUUUGCCGACAAGACACCAGAAAAAACAGCUUCUUCCAAACCUCCAGAGAAGUCACAGCCGGAGCCUUCCAUCUGCCCGGCACCUUCAGCCUCCCCUGUGGAGAACAAACCAUCCAGACAAUCUGUGGCCACGGAGAUCGUGUCAGCUCAGCGAUCGACAGAAACCCUGUCAUUAAAAGUGCCUACACCCACCUCGGCCCCUAUUGCGUCUCCUGCAGACCCUCCUCAGCAGAAGCCUUCCGCUGUCUCAGGACCCUCCGCUGACCCCUCACAGCAAUCCCCCGUGCCAGCCGCCCAGCUUCACAAAACAGCCAACCAAACGCCAAAGGCCUACGGUCAGGAUUCCAAAUCCCAAUUGAUUGCUGCUCAACCGUCAAGUAAUGAGGAGGUCGGGGGUCAAGCGAGUAUCCCAAUCGUCACCCCCUCCCUACUACAGAUGGUGCGCUUACGCUCGGUGCAGAUGGGAGCCUUCCCAACCGGGGUCCUGGAAACCAAACCCCAACCCAGCAAGACUCAACCCCCCAACAGGAGCAGCCAAACUGCGCCCAGUAAGCCAGUGCGCAAGUCCUUGAGCCUCCGCUUGUCUUCAUCCGAUUUGAACCCUCCCUCGCCCUCUCCGUCGCAGCAUGGCUCUGUGGAUGGGAAGAGCCCGACCGCCCAGCCGAGCGAGGGCCAGGGACACCACUCCCUCAAGCCGCCCGAGGACGGAGCCGCCCUCAAAUCCCCGGCUUCCAUGGCCAGCUUCAUCUUCUCCAAGAACACAAGCCACAAAAAGUUGUUCUUCGAUGUCCCCAAAUCCCCUGAGGCAGAAGCCCAGGUCCAGAGAAAUUUGAUGGCGGAGUUGAACUCGGUUUCGGAGCGAAUCAUUUCUAAGGUCGAGUCCAGAUCCUCCGGGAAGCAGCAGAGAAGCAAAGCUGCUCCUGAGGCCGCGAGGAAACCGGGAAAGGUUCCGCCACCGGUGGCCAAAAAGCCCGCGUUUCUGCUGAACCCUCAGCGGCCACCGUCCACAUCGACCGAGGGAACCGGAACUUUGCAGGAAACGGCCGCUCAGGCGGCUCGAAGGGCGAGCGAUGCCAAGGAUGUAACUGAUGCUUCUCUCGGUCGAGACCAAACCAGGUCAACGAGGAACUCGACGGCGGAUUUGAACGGGGAAGCUGAGAAAUCGCCCGAGCAGCAAACCGCAGGACAGACGAGGCAACAGUAGGGGUGGAGUCUCUCAUGUUUUAAAAGAGAAACCGGAGACAGGAAUUGGGCAGCUGUCUGUGUGUGAAGGCGAUCAGAGGGUUCAGCUUCAUCACUCGGGUUCCUGUUCAGCUGAACAUCCGACGUUUUUGCCUCUUAAUAAACCACACACCUGGUGGCGGAGCCAUUGGAGUUGAGGAAGAGACCAACAACAUUGUGUUUCUUCAAAGAAAAAAAAGCCUUAUUGCUGAUAAAUAAUAGAGUUGAUAUCCAUGCAAAAAAAACCCAGACCGAAAUCAAGCCUACCACUUUGCUGCAACGCUACACCUUGACUUUGUACCUAAGGUACAAGAUGGCGAGGAGAAGCUACUGCUGCUUAUUCUAGUAUCUUAUCAUAUCCAGUUCAUUUUGGUUAAAGGACUUGAGACAAAGCCAUUGGGAGCGAGUUAUUGUUUCCAUUUAGCCCGUAUGAACUGAGUUGUGCGACUCUAAUGGAUAGUGACGGAGAGAGAGUGAGACUGCAAUGGAAUUUAUUGCGUAAAGGGGUUUGAGACUAUGAAAGUACUGAAAUUUGCCUUGUCCAAAUGAAUUAUUUUAAGUUGAAAA